UUGCAAUAUCUAAAUGCUCUUCAUCCACAUUAUGCCAUAAUAUAUCUCGAUCAACAUGGCAAGCCUCGCAUUGAAUCUUCCUCCUCCUAUGCCGAAUCAUCGGCCUCUUCUCCCAACGAUAACAUUUUCAUCCGACCCGAUGUGACAGAACAGUUUAUGAAAAUGAUUCCACCAAAUUUUCAAUCGAUGCCAUAUACCCCGAAUCCGAAUCAAGCACCCAUUUCACCAUGGAGUGCGCAAUCUAACUCGGGCUGGAUGAACGCUGGCCCUAUGAGACCGGCGGAAAUGAUUCCGUGCGAAUGGCAAUCUAGCCAGAAUCGACGAAAGCGACAACGCCCCACGGCAAGAGAUCGUCCAAAAUCUACUUCUCCACCACCGACAGCAGCACCAUGUCGGACAGUUCUCCGAGUGGGCGAUCGGGAUACCUUGCGAAAUUACUAUGCGAAGGCAUUUGAAGAUUUCCAGCAGCUGAACUGUCGUGCAAUCGCAAAGUCAUACGUCAAGCUUGUUGAACCACGGAAACAAGUCCAUUUUCCAUACAACGGACGUAAAGUGAUCUCAGGAGUAUCGCAACGCGUCGACCCGGAAUUGACAAAACCUGGUUGGUGGCCCGAAGGCGUAUGCCACAAGGAGCCGGACCACCUUCUCAAGAUUCCUCGUCUCAAACUCUUAGUCCAUAUACUCUGUGAGCUUAAAGACAGCCAUGGAAUAACAGCAGAAAAGCUCUGUGAAGCUGGGCAGGAUGUACGACGCCAGAUUACCCCAGCCAGCAGGCUCGAAGUCCUGGACGAAAUUUAUUUCGUGCGCCAAAUGGAGGAGCAAUUUAUUGACGGAGAGAUUGAUGCAAACACUUUGAUUCAAGUUUUCCACACGCAGCUCCCGGAUUCCGACAACCAGGAUGGCGAGAGGGCGUCAUCAAAUCAGAUAAGUCGGGGCACUGCGUCGGACCGGCAAGCGGUGCCACUGUCGCCAGCUACUAGUGACUCUAGUGGUCCGCACAGCCCAACAAAUACCAGUUUCAAUGCGUACCCUGUCAACUUGGGUCGCUCUGAAAUCCCCCAGGAAGCCCAUAAUGAGCAUAAACCAUUACUACAAACACCGAAUUACCUACCGGGGUACUUCCCACAACACUUUGUUCCCACCGACAAACCUUCGACCGAAUACUGGCCGAAUGUCCCUCCCAUGCCGGAUGUAUCCUCGUACGGUUACUGA